UAUCAGACAUCCAAGUCCAUCUGUAGGUUUUGACGGAUUGGACUAAGCGUUGUUGAGAUCGAAAGCCCCUGACAGAGCGCUAAGAUGCUGAAUAUGUGGAAGGUCAGGGAGCUGGUGGAUAAAGCCACCAACGUGGUGAUGAACUACUCCGAGAUCGAGUCCAAGGUGCGAGAAGCCACCAACGAUGACCCUUGGGGCCCCUCGGGUCAGCUGAUGGGCGAAAUUGCCAAAUCCACGUUUAUGUACGAACAGUUUCCUGAGGUGAUGGGUAUGCUGUGGACCAGAAUGCUUAAAGACAACAAAAAAAACUGGAGACGAGUUUACAAAGCCUUACUACUGUUAGCGUACCUCAUCAGGAACGGCUCUGAGCGGGUUGUCACCAGCGCCCGGGAACACAUCUACGACCUGCGCUCGCUGGAAAACUACCAUUUUGUAGACGAGAACGGGAAAGACCAGGGCAUUAACGUGCGACAGAAGGUCAAAGAGAUGGUGGAGUUUGUCCAGGAUGACGACCGGUUGCGGGAAGAGAGGAAAAAAGCGAAGAAGAACAAGGACAAAUACAUCGGCGUCUCCUCCGACAGCAUGGGAGGUUUCAGACAGAGUAACUCGGGGGAACGCUUUGACUCUGAGUCGAAAGGCAAGUGGGAUGAUGACUGGGAUAAGAGUAAAGGUGUGUUCCCCUUCAGCGAGAAACUGGGCGAGAUCAGCGACAAGAUCGGCAGCACCAUCGACGACACCAUCAACAAGUUCCGCAAGAAAGACAGAGACGACUCGCCCGACCGAAUCAGCGAUAAUGAAGAGGACAGAGUUUCGCGGAACGGCCAGCCCGCAAAGUCGGAAUUCAAGGACGAAGAGGAAACGGUUUCUACGAAAAGCGCCCCGGUCACACCGGCAUCCACGGAGACGGCGACCACGACGACGGCCAGCGCGCGCAAACGCGGCGCCGUCCCCUCCAAAACGGUGGACCUGGGCGCGGCGGCACACUACACGGGCGACAACAGCAGCCCAGACGCAGACAACACAAAGAAAUCCGUCAGCCAGUCGUCAAGCGGGGGGCUGGCCGACCUGUUCAUGGUGGAUUCGGGGUCGAGUCAAACUGCACCCACAGGUGGAAACUCAGAUCUCAUCGGAGGUUUCGCCGAUUUCUCUUCCCCUGCUGCUUCUGCCAGUCUGCCCUCAGCCACUGGCACAGCGUCGAGCGGUAACGGUGAGUUCGGCGACUGGAACGCGUUUUCUGCCAGUCCGCCGUCCUCCACGUCCCAACCGCAGGCCGUACCAGAUCUCCUCGGCGAUGUGCAGGCCCCCGCUGCCCCGCCGACGGCCAAGACGUCCGCUCCCCCGCCCUCCGCCGACCUCUUUGACCUGAUGACCCCCAACCACAGCAGCCUCAGCGCCUCCCAAAGUUUGACCUUUAACCUGGGCUCCACACCAAACACGGGAAUGCCAAUGUCGAGAUCUCAGACUUUAGGGGGACCCAUGCACAGUUUAGGGGGGCCACUCCUGCCGCAGCAGAUGGGAGUGCAGAAGCCUGGGGGGAAGAUGAAUUUGCCCCCCACGUGGUCGGACCCCAGUGUUAACAUCAGCCUGGAUUUCCUGUCUGCAGGCAUGAAUCCACCCAAACCCUCUCAACCCACCUUAAACACCAUGAUACAGCAAGGUGUCCAGCCACCAUUGAACAUGGUCACACAGAACUUUGCUGGCAUGAACCUGAGCGCUCAGCCGGUGCCAGUGCAUGCCAGACCACCUCUCAACCCCAUGAUGACGGGCAGCGGCGGGGGCGGCAUGGGUGUGGGCAUGCCCGCCGCCAUGGCAACAGGCACCAUGGGAAUGGGCUCGAUGGGGAUCGGCGGAAUGCCUGUCAAUCAGGGACUAAUGGGCGUGAACGUGGCGCCCGCUGGCAUGGGGCUUCCCACAGGGCUUGGCAUGCCAGUCAUCAUGGGCCAGAGCAGUAACCCUGCCAUGUUGCCGCCAAAACAAGAUGCCUUCGCAAAUUUCGGCAACUUCGGAAAAUGAAGGGGUGUACGGCCGGGGAUCCGUGGGACUGGUCCAAACACACACAACACCUUCCCGUUUCGGAAGGAGCUGCCUACAAAACACAGACGAACUGACCAACUCGCCCAUGUCACAACCUUCCAGUCAUUUCUCAUUAUAUGUUACAGAUAAGAGAGAGAGAGAGAGAGGGGGGAAAAAAAAAUCAAAUCAUGACAUGUUUGUUCCUUUUUCACAGGGUGGGCGGGCAGGGCAGGGCAGGACAGGUUUCGUAAGGGGUCUAAAACAUAAACGUUAUCGACUUAAAAGGGUUUUUUUUUUGUCCUCUGUGGUUUGGCAUGUUUGCUGACGUGUUACGGGACGGGGACACCGGAUGGCGUGCGUCCCUUUGUCCGCAUUCUUUUCUA